AUGGCAACAAAUAAUAUAAAACUAACCGCACCAGAAUCAAAACUCAUUCAAUACACUCAAAUUGAACUGAAAGAUCCCAAUGAUGCCUACUUAGAGUCAUGCUUUGCAGCUAUCCAACAGAACCGUUAUACAAUCGACUCAAACAUUCUUGUUCAAAUUGGUCAAACCAAUAAAAAGUCGAAAGAACAUAUAUCUCAUGCUCUGCUCUAUGGAAUACUCACGGAUAUCAAUAACAAAGCGAAAUGUUUCCAAGAUCUUCUCGCUCUCAACGGUACAAAUCUCGCAUCGAGUAUUGCCAUUCUCGAAGCUUUGAUAACCAAGAACUGGCAUCGAAUCUACGACCAUGUUCGUCAACAAUUACUAUGGUUCCUCCGUGAAACCUUUGCAGCGAAUAUCGAUGGAAUCGAUCGUCUUUAUUACGUGUUCUUGCGACAGAUCAACCCACAUCAACAAUGUAUAGAUUUAUGUGAUACAAUCAUUGAAUUACUUUCUAUUCAUCAAUUAUUUUUGAAAACUUAUCCGGAAAUGAAAUUAUUAACAAUUUAUACAUUUCUUUCGAUUUUUCCAAUUUACCUUCGCCGAAAAGGUCAACAACAACGGCAGAUUGAGUUUGUAUUGAAUCUAACACGCGACAAUCUUCACUGCCUUGGUCGUGAUGCUAUUCGUCUACUAAUACAAUUAGGACAUGUUCGUGAAGUCGAUGCGUUUCUUAAACAUCUCUCCUCGACCGUAUCAAAUGAUUUUCUACCAAAAAUUCUUGCUUUACAAACUGAACCGAAAUAUCUCGCGCUGCCAUUAUCAUUCAAUCUGGAGAAACAUCUUCGUUACCUCUUGGAUACGUGUCAAGCAAACAGUCAAGAAAAAUACUACUUCGAUUGGUUUCAAAAUCAAUAUUUGAAUUUCAAACAACAACCUGAUUCCAUCUAUUUAUGCUCACACAUCAUUCGAUAUGUUUGUGUUAUCUGUCGAAAUCCAAUGGCACCCAAUCGAGUCGCUCGUUGGACGUUUAUCUCUUGGUUACUCACACAAUUGUAUAAUUAUCAACAAACACUACAACAAUCAAUUAUCUCAGCGAGUCAAACAGCCAUGAAUGCAGCGGCAGUUGUUUCCUCGCCAUCACCGCUAUUGAUACAGAUCAAUGAACAACUUGUUCAAUGUCGCUUAGCGAUUUACUAUGACUGGUUCUUGUUCGAUAUGAGCAAUUGUCAACCGAUGACAAAUGAGUACGAUGUGCAAAUGAAUUCCGCGAUUGUGGGAUAUCAUCUCCUAACUGUUUCAUACUAUUAUGCAAAACACAUGUUACUGUUUCUGCUACAUACGUCGGAAACUCUGAUUUCGUCGUUGAAAGCCUUUCUCCAACAAAAUGUCGCGAGAUUAUUUCUGGAAUUAUUUCAACGAAUACCGAUUCUUAAUUCACAACAACUGUUACAAAUGUUUACACACGACCGAGAUACAUAUCAGCGUUUAUUGACAAGUUUCUUUACGUUGACAUUGUCACCGCCAACGACAAGUAUUCUGUCCAACAAUGAUGAAGUGAUAAUUGUUAAUGAUGAUAUUAAUCCAAAUGCUGCAAUGCCAGCAGGUAACGACGAAGAAUCCGGUGACAUUAUGAUUAUGUCUGCCAAUACGACUGCAGCACCGAGAUUUUCCGAUGAUGAAGAUGAUGAUGAAUAUGACCCUCAAUUGAAUGCGCAGAAAAACUUCAAUCCCGAUUACGACGACGACGAUGAUGAUGAUAUUUUGAUGAUUAACGAUGAAACACAAGCAUCUGCAGAUAUUUAUAAUACAAAUAUAUGUCGAAAGACGUUUCCAUUCGAACGAUUUCGUUCGUUUAUCAAUGAAAAUCUUCAGCAAUUAGCUGUAUCCUAUUCCGUUGCAACCAAUCGAAAUAAGACAUCUUUGUUAACACAAAUAUGUAAACAACUUGCUCAAUCGUUAAGUGAUAAGCGUCCGUUGGUUUUUCAAAUCGAACCCUGCGAGCCAGCUGGACCGGUCAGCUCCUAUGCAAUGAUCAAAUUCGAAAGGGCAAGUGAUAAAUUUCAAUCACGUUUAUUAACCAUAUUCGACGAACACACAAUCGUCCACGCGCUCCUUUGUCUUUGGUUGUUACGUGAUUCAUUUCAAAGUCGUCUGCUGCCUUCGCUGAGAACAUCCCAGGCGAAUAAGAAUAAUUCUAUGUUAGAAAGCGACUUUCGUAACAUACCAAACCAGAAAUUAAAACGAUCGAUACAAAAACUGCCGAUUUAUAGCUUGUUUCGCUGUAUCAAAGAUAAUUCACAAAAUCAGGAUGUUUAUAUCAAACUGACUCAAGCGAUGUACUUCUUUCAACCAGAAUUAGCAUACAUAUUUCUAUAUUAUCUCUCCAUUGAUAUCGAUGAUAUGAAACUAGCAGGAGAAAUUUUCGAUAAAUUUGCCAGGGAAAUCAUUAAAUUGAGUAGUAGUUACAGAAAAUUGGCCAUUCCACCAGCAAAAGUGCCCACUUAUGAUCAAGAUUUUAUUGAUUUCAUUCAUGAAAUCUUAGCCCAAUGUGAACAGGAUGAUACCGAAACAUUCCUUUAUCUCUAUUCGUAUAUCUAUCGACUCUAUCCGAAAAAAGUCUUCAAUAAUAUCAAAUUAAUCCGUCUACUUUUACACACAAUCAACCCAUUCGAAACCAAACAAUUUAUCUUGGAUAUUCUCAAAAACCGUUUACAAUUAUUCAAUUCACACAAACUCUAUUCGAUUGUCGAUCAAACAUUAUUAUUCUCUCAAACCGAACAAGAAGAUUUUUGGAAAUUACUCGGUGCGCACGAUUUCGUUCAAGACGAGUACGAACAAUUAUUCACAAACAUCAUCGAACAUCUUCUCAAUCAAACGAAAUCGGUCAUUGGUGAGCAACGCUUAGCGAAAUCAGUUCACUAUACAACCUAUCGUAACACGAUCGCAUUGGCAAAUGUCUUUGACAUACUGAAAAACAAACUUCCAACUUACGGUCUUGUUUGUUGUCUGUUCGCUCAUGAAUUGACAAAGAAUUUUUCCGAGAAACUUUGUCUUCUAUGGCAUGAACAACAUCACGAUAUCUUCUGGCGUCAUCUCGAACGUAUUUUACAAAAGUGGAUACAACGAGAGAAUGAUCCGACAAAACAGAAAGUUGAUUAUAAAAUCGGUACGAUCAAGAUGGCAAAUGAAAAUGGACUGAAGUAUAUUUUACAACAUUUACAAAUUCUGUUGGAAAAUCACGCGACUAACAAUCCAGAGAAUAAACUUGAUCAAGAUGAUUUACAAGAUCGAUUAACAAUCGACGAUCAUCCAAUGAAUAUUCCGUUAUCAACGUCAACCAUUAAAUCAUUAGUUAAUUGUAUUCACAAACAUGAACAAUUAUAUACGGAGAAGAAAACCUUUGUCGAUCGAUUUGAAAAUGGAAAUUCAGUUUUACCACCACCAGCACCGGCAUCAUCGUCAGCUGCGGCAACGACGACAACGACUACGUCAGUGAAACGACGAAAAUUAGACAAUAAAUCCUAG